CUGCCUUGUGGCCGGUGCGUUGCGGUGGUGAGCAGAGCGAGCAGUCACACUCCGCGCUCCUUCCACAUCCCCCGUCGCAAGCUGCCCAGAGCAUGGGCAGGUGGUGGUGUAAUUGAGUCCGCGAGAAGAGGAGUCCACGCCAGAAAACCAGACGCUCACAUGCGCGAGGAGAAGUUGCGGGCGCGACAGCACAGCACACACGGCCUUCCCUCGCACCCAUCUGCGCCGCGCGACCAGAGCUCCACAAGGGCCCCCAUCGCCAAGCUGGUACGACGAGACGAGACGAAGCUGGACGACGAGCACGCGCGACGCUCUCGCUGCGAUUCCGAGCGAACAACUCGCAGCCCACAGUCUGGUAUAGCUGCCAGAUGCAUCCAUCGCCGUGAUCCGACAUGACGGAACCGCAAAAGACCGAGGCCACGCCAGCGGCCACAGCUCCCGCAGCAGCAGGCACCAAAAACGACUCACCCACCACUGCGACCUCUCACGCGACCACGAGCAAAGACAAAGAUGGCCCCAAGUCGCCCAAGCGCAAGGCCUCCGAGGCUACCGGCAACAACAACAACACAACCAACAAUAACGCCGCCGAGAACAAUGGCGAGGGCAAGAAGAAGAGGCGCAAGGUCAACCACGCCUGCGUGUACUGUCGGCGCUCGCAUAUGACCUGCGAUUUGGAGCGGCCAUGUGCUCGUUGUGUCAAGCGUGACAUUGGCCAUCUGUGCCACGAUGAGCCUCGCGAGCCCGCCAAGAGGAGCAAGAGCGACAUAGGCGUGGCAGAUAUCGCUCCUGCUCCGGGAGACGGCAUGCAGCUGGCGAACGGGCACAUGGCACAUCCUCUGGGGAAUGGCAUGUCACACGUGAAUGGCGGCUCGCAACCACAGCUCGCGCAGCCCACGCCUGUCUCGCCGCGGACACUGCAAACGCCCGUACCACAGCGAGGGAGCAAUGCUGGCCUCUUCCAGAACGUGGACUGGAACAACAAUCCUCUGCACAGUCAGUUCCAGGACAUGCACCAUCUGCAUCCAAAUUACAUGUUCAACACAUCGGAAGUGACCAAUGAGUACAAUUUGCUCAAUGACUUCCUUUCCUCUUCUAUCAUGGAAGACGGCGCCAUGUAUAACGACUCGGAUGCUCAGGCACUCUUCAAUGACCCGCUACUGGCCACAUCCUCCAUGACUGCCCAUCUCACGAAUCCGAACCUCAGCACACAAAUCGGUCAGCAGCCAACUUCAUCAAAUGCGGGCCAGCAACAACAACAUCAGCCACAGCCGCAGCAACGACCGACCUCGCAGCAGAUGCAGCCUCCCACACAACCGCAUCUACAAGCGGGUCAAGAGAUAUCACGGCCUGGCUCGACCUUCCCGAUUGACUCUCGAGCGCGAGAUAAAUUCUACAUGACUGCUGCUGAUCCCGCGGGUCUGUCGUCUGCGGAAGACCGCUUGCACAAACUCUUGAAAGCCAAGUAUGAUGCUGGAAUGCUCAAGCCGUUCAACUAUGUCCGUGGCUACGCUCGCCUCAAUCAGUACAUGUCGAAGAACCUCACACGAGAAUCACAAUUACGAAUACUGAAGCAGCUGGAUCGCUUCCGACCUAAGUUUCGUGAGGCAAUGCAGUCUCUCACCGACAUGCAGUUGGUGCUGGUCGAAAUGUGGUUCGAACGAAGCUUGAUGGAGUACGAUCGUGUCUUUGCCUCCAUGGCCAUUCCCGCCUGCUGCUGGAGACGAACAGGAGAAAUCUUUCGUGGCAACGCGGAAAUGGCGGAGCUUGUGCGUGUGCCUGUCUCGAAUCUGCGAGACGGCAAGAUGGCGAUUCACGAGAUUGUCAAAGAGGACAGUCUCGUCUCAUAUUGGGAGAAGUUCGGUGCCAUUGCAUUCGAUCAAUCUCAAAAAGCCAUCCUGACCAGCUGCACUCUCAUGAGACCCGCACGAAGAAGAGAGGAAGCGGACGAAGGGACGAGCACUGCGGGCAAGGAUGGCAAGACCACGGAGAAGGUGAAGAUGGAGGCUGUACGAUGUUGCUUUUCCUUUACCAUUCGGAGAGAUACCCAUAACAUACCCUCACUCAUCGUAGGGAAUUUCCUUCCCAUCACCGAGCGACGACAGCCAAAUGCGCAGCAAUAGGAAUGCUCGCACCAGGCGGCUGAUCAUCGCUAUGUAUUUACACCCGACAAAGCUGAUGACCUCUGGGCUGAGCCUUGAUUCGACAACGACUUCAAUGAGCUAUUCCAGUCUCGCGGCACAGCAAACAACCACGAUAUAUGUGUUUGUGUCACGUUCUGUUUUUCUUUUCUGUACUGCGCAUAUUUGUAGAUACCAUUCUGCAUCAAAAGUAAGAGAGCACUGCAUGCGGAAGGACGAGAGUGGGUUUGAUAUACCAGGCAUAUGAGCGCGAGCUCUCUCACCUACGAGACGACAUUGAUCAAGCUG